GCAGCCCCGGGGCCCCGGCUGCUGUCAGCAGAGAGCCAGGGCCGGGCGCGCGGGAUGCAGCUCCCAGUCUCGGCCAGUUCAACCCAGUAUGGAGCUAACUGGCCUUCUUCCGGUGCUGGCCUGGCUACAAAUCCUCCCCUGGCUGGUGUCAUCUGAGGGGACCGAGGAACCCGGUUCAUUACCUGACCCCCUGCCGCCCCCCAUACUCUCUCUGGGCUCCCAGGACCCUGUGUAUUACCAGGGGGAGCGUGUUAACUUCACCUGCUCAGCUCCCAGUGGCGAGGCAGUGACGAGAUACAGAUUCUACAGGAGAAGAGGGGACCAGACCCUGGAGGAGCUCCAAUCUCCCCCCGGAGCAUCCCGGCUGGAGCUCAGGGCCGAGACGGGGAACCAGGGACCCUACACCUGCCAGUACUGGAGAAAGGAGUCUGGGCAGGAACUCCCAUCCACGGAGAGUAACAAGGUCUAUAUAACCGUGCAGGCCCCCCUGGCAGCCCCCACACUCUCCCUGCACCCCCUACACCCGUUCUAUCUCCCAGGGGAGCGUGUGACCCUCAGCUGCUUGGCUCCAGGGGGCAAGAAGCUGCAGGGAUACAGGUUCUACGGGGAACAGGAGAGGUUGAUCCAUGAGGAGGUCCCCGCUCCAGAUGGGGGUGCCAGGCUGGAGAUCGUCGUGGCCAAGAUGGGGACAGCCGGGCUGUAUACCUGUGUGUACUGGACCCUGCGAUCAGGAAGACAUAUCCUGUCAGAGGCAAGCCGCCCAGUGUCCCUGUCAGUGCAAGCCCCCCCAUCGGCUCCCACGCUCUCGCUGGACCCCCCGAACACCGUGUAUCUCCCAGGGGAACGGGUCAACCUCAGCUGCUCGGCUCCCGGGGCCCAGGAAGUGACAGGCUACAGAUUCUACAAGCGACGGUCGGAGCAGGGCUCCGAGGAGCUGCCAUCGUCCUGGGGGGAACCCUGGCUGGAGAUCCUGGCUGCGGUGGGGGAAGAAGGAUUGUACACCUGCCGGUACUGGAGCAGGGGGCCUGGACGAGAGCUCCCCUCGGGGCUCAGUCAGCUCAUCGCCAUACAUGUGAUGGAUCCCCCCAGGAGGCCCUCAGUGUCCCUGUCGCCGAACUAUCCAGCCUAUGUGGCCGGAGAACGGGUGGACAUUAACUGCUUGGCUCCCCCCGGUGCCUCCCCGGUGCAGUACGGGCUCUACAAGACUGGGGAGCUGCUAGGAUCCCUGCUGGGAAACGCUGGGACUUGGCUGAUGGAUCUUCAAGCCAACGGCAUCAGAAACGCCACCCACUCCUUCUCCUGCACCUACAUGGAACUGAUCCAGGGAAGGGCAGUGCCCUCCUAUGCCAGCGACCCCAUCUCCGUCUCCGUGUUCCCAGCGCUGGCUGCCCCGUCCCUGCAGCUCAUCCCACCCCUCCCACUCUACGUGACAGGGGAGACGGUGUCGGCUGAGUGCAUCAUUCCCAAUGGGCCCUACGUCCCCUGGGCCCACUGGGUGCUGCGAGUCGGGGAACCCCUUCCAGAACCGCCAGAGCCCCAGCUCCCCCUGAACGUCACCCCCAGUGACAGCGGGACCUACCAGUGUGGGUACAGCACAGAGCUCCGCGGGCGCCACCUCCACUCACCCCCCAGUGACCCGGUGCCACUGAGCGUGACUGAUCCCCCUCCCCAGCCAAAGCUGAGCGUGGAUCCCCUGUCCGGAGUGGUGAGCGAAGGGCUCCCCCUGCUCAUCACCUGCAUGGCCCCCGAGAACACCAGCGAGAGGAGGUUUCAAUUCUACAAGGAUGGAGCUGAGAUCGGCCCUGGGGACAAAGGGUCUGAGAUCAGCACCACAGAGCCCAGCACUGGCUCCAUGAACUUCUCUGUGCUCAGCAUCCCACGGGCCGGUCCCAGAAACACCGGGGAAUUCAGCUGUGGGUUUGAGGUGAACAUGGGCGGGAGGUGGAUCCCAUCCCCCAGGAGCCAGGCUGUGAAUGUCACCAUGACAGCCUGGUCUCUGCCCAUCCCCGUGGUGGCUGGGAGCGGUGGGGCUGCCACGGCUCUGGCUCUGCUGCUGUUGCUUGUCUGCCUCUGCAGGAAGAAGAAGGCAGCUACCCACCGGCUCUCCACGUCCUACUGGAAGACCCAGGAGCUGCGCCGGUCGCGGAUAAUGAGACAGUCGACCGACAUCUCCGGGGUCAAUAUAUGUCUCCGGCAGACGACCGAGGGGGGCUGGCCCCAGGACUGGGGGCUGCUCCCCAAGCUCCCCGCGGAGGGGCCCAGGCCGGGGCGAGCAGCCGGGGGGGCAGCGCCCCUUAAAGACCAGAAGGAGGAAGAUGACGCAGACUCCGGGGCUGAGUUUGAAUUCCCAGACAUCAAUCCAACGUAUACGCAACUCACGUUCUCCUGCUCCACCUUCCGCCAGGGCCAGGGGCUCUCGGCCUCCCUGGAGCACAUGUGCAGCACCCCUGACCUGUGACCAUGGCACCCCACAGCCCCGACCCCUGCCACUGGGGAUCGCUCUCCAGCAACCUUCCUUCUGCACCCCCACAGGCCGCAAGGGGCCGAGGGGUUACAGCGGCUGGGGGCCAGGACUCCUGGGUUCUAUCCCCAGCUCUGCAAGGGGAGUGGGGUCUAGUGAUU